AUGCCUUUUAUUGGACAAGAUUGGCGUGCAAAUGGAGCAGAAUGGACAAAAACUGAAAUUGGUUCAUGGCAACCACGAAAACCAAUAUUAUUAACAGGUUCAUUAAAUAAUAUAAAUUCAAGUCUAUCCGAUAUAUUUAAUGCACUUGAUAUAGCAAAUUCAGUUACUAAUAUGCGACGUUUUAAUUAUAUUGCUAAAGUUGUACAAAUUUUAUUUAAAGAAAAAUUAAGUGAAUUAAGUGGUAAUGCUCAACGUUCUUUAUUUCAAGUUAUCGAACGAAUGGUUGAUACAGCUCUUAAAACUGGAAAUAAUAUUCCUUUGAUGCAACGAAUAGUUACACAAUUUCAUAAUUCAAUUCAUUCCGCAUAUCCAUUUUAUUAUUAUAUUGGUUCAGCUGCUUUAUGGCGUCAACAUAUUGAAAUGUUAAUACGUCUGAAAGAAACAAUAAAACAAGUACGAGUAAAUAGAAUUAAAACAGAUGAAGAUAAUAGUAAAUCAAAAUUUGAUUAUCUUCCAAUUGAAAUGCAAUGUAAAAUUAUACAACGAUUAGAUAAUGGAACAGAUUUAAUUAAUAUUGGAAUGAUUAAUUCAAAUUUAUAUCUAGUAACACAAGAAUUACUUCUUUGGCGUCAAUUAUGUCUUUAUCAUUUUGGUGAUGAAACAAAGAAUAGUAAUAAUUUAAUAUUAGGAGAAAAAAUUCUUGGUUUAAUUAGACGACAACAAAAAGAUGUUGAUAUGGAUAAUAUUGAUUGGAAAAAAAUUUAUUUUAGAUUACGAAGACAACAUGGUCUUCGUGAUGCUUAUGCAGAAAUGAUACAUCAAUGUCAAUCAUGUAAAUAUCUUUUCUGGCAGGAUUCUGAUCAUUCAUGUCCAUAUGAAAAAGUUUCACCAUCAUCAAAAUCUAUUACUCCACGAAAACUUGUAAUUAUGUUAAUUUAA